CGCUGGUAUGGAAAGCAAAUUGGGUAUACAAACUAUUUUGCUCAAUCACCCGCGGCGAGCUUAGUCCUUUUCACACCUCUUCGUCAAUCAGUCAUCCUAAGCCAACAUGGAUAAGAAAGGAGCCUUUUCCGCUGAUGAAGCGAAGAUUCACCGAAUCCGUAUCACCCUUGCCAGUCGCAAUGUAAAGUCCUUGGAAAAGGUCUGUGCCGAUCUGGUUCGUGGUGCCAAGGACAAAGACUUGAAGGUCAAGGGUCCCGUGCGUAUGCCUACCCGAACCCUUCGUAUCACCACCCGUAAGACCCCUUGUGGUGAGGGUUCCAAGACUUGGGACAGAUUCGAGAUGCGUGUCUACAAGCGUGUCAUCGACUUGCACUCUCCCUCCGAGAUCGUAAAGCAGAUUACAUCUAUCCACAUCGAGCCCGGAGUCGAGGUCGAGGUUACCGUUGCCGAUUCAUAAUUAUUGAAGCCUGUGUUAAGAGUCCAGGAUCAGAUCUGCUUCAAUAAAUAUGUAGUUAUCUACUGGAAUUAAUUUAAGAA